GCCUCAUUUCAAGAGUGGGAUAUGAAAGUCUUCCUUCUCAGGCAUCUCUGCCAUCUCAAGCCAAGAGUGACUCACCAUUUAAGUUCCACACGUGAUCGGCACAAAAGUUACACGUCUUAACAACAUCCGCGACUUCAACUUUCGCAUCAUGUCAACAUCGAAGGAAAUAGAGGAGACUGUCCUUGACCGGCCGGCGGAGUCGACGACGCAGCCAUCUGAGUUCACAAUUCUCCGACUCACUCGAACGGAAGAAGUUCUUUCACGCAAGGCUCAACUCUGUGAGAUUCUUCAAGACUGUGUCAAUGAGGGCUCCUCGAUCGGCUUUCUUGCGCCUCUAUCACUGGAUGAGGCCUCGACCUAUUGGACCCAGGUAUCUCAACUCAUCAUGACCGGGAAUCUCCAUCUAUUCAUCCUCACCAAAUCUUCAGCACCAUCGACAAUCAUCGCCACAGUACAGCUCGUCAUAGUACCCAAAGUCACACACCUGCAUCGCGCUGAAGUCAUCAAACUUCUCGUAUCACCCCAAGCCCGCCGACAAGGAAUCGCAAGACGACUCAUGGAUUACGUCGAAGACUUUACCAGGGCAGAGGGAAAGGAAUUCCUCACGCUGGACACGGCGACAUUGAGCCCAGCGAAAGAAAUGUAUAAACGACUUGGUUGGGAGGAAUGGGGGACUUGUAAAGACUAUGCGAGUUGGCCAGAUGGGAGCCGAUGCGAUGCGACAUUCUUCAGAAGGGAAUUGCGAGGAGGGAAGACAGGCGAUAAAUAGCGAUCUUUAUGCUUGCUGGAUGGAGAGAAAGUGCCUCCUCUUCAUUCGGCGUAUCUGAUCGUUGUCAAUUUCUAUUUUGGGGUACAGAGCCUCAAAAUGUGUGGUAGCAAUGCAUCCGAUCUGGCAGACUUAUCUGCACGAGCUUCAAACACUGUGAUAGGCGCAAUCAAGGAUCGUGUCAUCCUCAAUAUAGUUAGGAA